AUGUCAACAAGAUCCGAAUAUAAUAUAGUCGAAAGUUUCCGUCUAUUAGACACAAUAUCUUCUGGUCUUCCUAAGGCUAUCGUAGCACUGUGUUAUUCAAGAACUCCAGAGAAUGGCAAAAGCUACCUCGACCGGGCACUUUUUGUCAAAGAGCUUCUUGAAGCAGAUCCCAAGACUUCUUCGGCAGGAGGACGGCAACUUGGAGCUCGCUUUCUAUCAAUCGCAGAGGAUUUAGAAGAAGAAAUUUCGUACCGCUUUUACGUGCCCGGUGGACAGAAUAGUGGACCUCUGUAUGGAGAGUAUGUUCAAGGUGAUGAGUUGGGUAGUGUAGGUAUUGAGAAAUUUGAUCAAGGAAGGGGUUUGUGUAAGUCUACUGCUGUGGUUUGGAGAAAGUGGGAACCUCUAAAGGAUCUGGAAAGGGACGAGCGGAACUCAUGUAAGCGUGAUAAUAUCGCCCUAAAACAUAUCGUGCAGGAGAGACGGCUUUAUGUUAAAAACCUUCUGAAAUCUCACGAAAGUUCCGUGGGUAUGAACCACCGGGGACGGGGAUGA